GUUGCUAUAUACCAUGUAAUACUCCACAUACCCCCACAUAUUCUCUAGACUCUUAAUUGCCAGCUCCAUAUGAUACUCCCCAGACCGCCACAUAUGAUCUAUCCUCUAGGCUGAUCUAGUUUCCUUUCCUUGAGAGAGCUAAAUUAAUGAAAAAAGCGGAACUAAUUUGCAUGAAGAAGCUAGCCUUAGCGCAGUACUGUUUCUGACGGCCUCCAAGUAGCUGGAAAAAAACUUCAAACAGGAAUCUUGUACUUUUGAGAUUCUGAAACUCGAUACACCAGGAAUCUUUCUGCAUUCUUCCUCAUUCUUGGAGAUGGAAUCUUAAGUAGGGUCGACGCUGGGUAAGUGUACCUUGCGUAGAGUAGAAGAGGAGGUGCAAAUGUCUGCAAAGCUUUUGUAUACCAGCUCAAAGGAUGAAAAUCAAGAUCUGCAGAAGCAGAUUGGGUGCAUGAAUGGAAUUUUUCAGUUCUUUGACCGUCACCAUUUCCUCACCGGCCGACGUAGUAACAGCCAAGGCCACAAGAGGCUUCUUCCAGGUCAAAAUAGGAACCCCGCAACAAAACCUCGUGCAUUACAGAGAAUUACGGAAAGAAACCCAAAGAAGUUUGUGAAACAGAAACAGAGAGUCUCGACAGAAUCAUCCCAAACCUCUCUUUCAUCCUCCUCAUGUUCAUCUAGCUACUCCUCUCUCGACUGUAAAACAGCUCAAUUCGAGCCAUCUUUGUUUAACCAACCCAGGUUCCCUGGAAACCCCACUCUGCCCAUGAACAAACCAUAUGCGUCUUUGCAGUCAAGCCAACAAUCUCUUGAUCUUCGAGAUGUUGUUAAAGAACCCAUCUACAGAGAGGGCCGUGCAUUAUCGGUGAAGACUUAUAGAAAAGAGGAAGCAGUAGGCACUACCUUGAAAUACAUAGACUCCCCGAGACCUUUGUCGCCGCCCAAAUCUGUCAAGUCCAGAGCUUCUGGUGCCAAUGAUUCAGUUCGCAGUCUUGCUCAGCUCCAGGAAGCACCAACGAAUUACAAGAAACAGAAACAAAGAAUCGUACUCUCCUCACUGAAGGAUGCUCCCCGGCUCUCUUAUGAUGGAAGGGUAUCACAAGAUGCAUGCAAGUCCAGAAUAAAGCUCAAGGAACUCCCAAGGCUUUCAUUGGACAGCAGAGAAGGCUCCAUAAGGGGUCUUGCCUCUGAAACAAAAUCAAAUUUUCUUUUGAAGGAUCUGAAAAGAAGGAAUGACGACUCCAGCGAAAAGCUUAAUCAGAAGCAAGAACCAGAAAGCUCCGAACGACCAUCAAACCUUAUAGUGAAGUUGAUGGGAUUGGAAGCUUUCCAACAGUCAACAUCCACCGGUGAGAAUCCAUUAGGGUUUAUUAGUAGCUGUCAAACUGAUAAAUCUGAUCCCCUCUCAAAAUCAUCAAGAGCAACUGAUGGAAACAAGAAAAAUCAAAUUUCUACUUUCCCAAGGAAAUCGCACAAGGACCCCAUGUCAUCCAGGUCAAAAAAUGCUGAUUCAGUCAUGAGGCCUACCUCAAGAUCAAGAUUCCCUACAGAACAAACUCCGUGGAGGCAGCCAGAUGGCAGGCAAAGUUCUCAACAAAUAGCUUUCAAGUACAGGGAAGCUACCACAAAAGCCUCAAACUCCUACCCCUCUGUUUAUGGUGAAAUCGAAAAAAGGUUAGCCGAACUUGAGUUCAAAAAAUCUGGUAAAGAUCUCAGAGCUCCUAAGCAGAUAAUCGAAGCAAUGCAGAAGACCAACAAAGCAUUAGAUUACAAAAGAGAGCAGCCUUCAAAAUUUGCAUCACAAACAAGCAACUAUAGCAGUUAUCACCAAAGCUCAAAUUUAGCAAGCCCAAGAAAGGCACAAAAUAAGGACUCAGUUUCCACCACAAUCAAGGGACUGCAUUCUCCAGAGAGUUCUAUAUUCCCAACGGUCAAAAUCAGAAGAACAAUUGAUUGUGCUUCCACCAUAAUUCCGACUGAACGUAUGUCAGGUCUCAACAAGCCUGGUUUUUCUGCAAAUGGGAGAAUGGUUAACAUGCAAACAGCUAAAGACCAUUUCAGUCCACCGUCUUGCUCCACAGAUAAGAAAACCAAUGUGAGAACUUCAAAAUCAACAUCAGCCUUAAAGGUGCCUCAACACAUCAUUGGAGAAAACAACACAGGCUCAGUAACUGUGAGCCCAAGACUGCAACAAAGGAAGAUCAGUUCGCAGAAGCAGUCACCUCUCACCAUCCCAUCUUCAGAUACAAGCAAAGUCAUUGGGCAACGUACUAGACAACAAGUGGGACCAAACUCCCAGGGUAGAAAACUCAGACUAAUAUCUCCCAGUUUGCAGCAAUGCAAUGACCAAUUGAGUGAGACCAGCAGUGGCGUGAGAGAUUUAACACACCAAGGUGACACCUUUUCUCUGACAUCAGAAAGCAACAUUAGCUUGUGUUCUCAUACUGAUACAGAAGUCACAAGCACCAAUCACUCUGAUAAGAUCAAUGCCAACUUCUUCAAGCAGGAUGGCAAGAAUAAGAAUCCACCAGGGUCCAGCAAAGACAGGAUCAUGGUUAAACCUGCAAUAGCUGCCCUAGAACAACCAAGCCCCGUGUUUGUUCUUGAUGCUACCUUCAACAGAGACAAGUCACCAUCUCCUGUGAAGAAGAUAUCAAAAGCCUUUAAAGAUUACGAGGCUCGAGAUCCUGAAGAAGGGGAAUGGAUUCCAGUAGAUCUAGCUCAAUUGCCACCGAGAACAAAGCCCUGUUUCAGUGCUGAUGUCGAUGAUAAAAAAUCAGAAAGCAUCCACCAUUUAGUUCAGAAUAUUCAUCAAGAAAACACUACUGAAGAGGAAACCAUCACUGAUUACACUGCAGCACUCCAUGAGAGCAUGAAUUCAAACCACAGAUACAUUUCAGAAAUGUUGUUAUCAUUGGGUCUCCUUGGAGAUCUUGACUCUGGCUCAACGACCAUUCGGCUCCAAGCAUCGGGCCACCACAUCAAUUUUAACUCGUUCUUUGCAUUGGAACAAACAAAGGCAAGUGCUGGGCUCUUGAAUGAUAAGCAAAGUGAUGAAAGGAUUUUUAAUUUAGAACCCUCUGAGAAAAUUCAAAGAGUACUCGAAUGCGAUACUGUUAAUGAAAUUCUUGUUCGAAAGUUGCUUUUAGGAUGUCCUACUCCCCCACAGAAAUGGUUAUCACCAAAUAAGAUAGCAGCAAGAAAUCCAAAAGGGCAGCAGCUUCUGGAAGAAAUUUGUUCAGAGGUAGAUCGGCUAAAGAAUAAUAACUUGAACAGAAGCCUAGUUGAGGAGUACGACAGCUUGAGCAUCAUAUCAGAAGAUUUAACACAUCGAUCAAUGAAAUGGAUAGAUUUCCACUGUGAAAUUCCUGGGUUAGUGUUGGAUAUUGAGUGGUUGAUCUUUGAAGACUUAAUAACUGAAAAUGUAAACAGUCAGGGAGUUGGUCUGCAAGGCCAGUCUGGUGGGCCUUUCAGGAAGCUAUUCUCAAGAUAGAACUUUUUUUUUUAAGUACUCUCCAUGUAGGAGUUUCGUAACAUUGAAAAGAUUCUCUCUCUCAAUCUCUUUCUUUCUCACAUUUUAUAUUUAUCUGGGUAGGGGUUUUGCUCUAUACAUCAUCUCAGAAAACAUUUCUGAGAAGACAGCUGCAUAAAUACUUUCCAAAACACAAUCUAAUAAAAACAAGCACAAUCAUGCAUGAGUAUGCAGGAACAAAUUAGGCUAUUUA